AUGGGUCCUGUCCGAAGAUUCGAUUUAUUUUCCUUUCUUCUUGUUCUGGGUUUGGUCUUGAACAGCUUCGUGUUGUUCUGUAAUGGAGGCCAAACCAGUAGCUUUGUCAGGAAAGUCGAGAAAACUGUUGAUAUGCCGCUUGAUAGCGAUGUUUUUCGUGUUCCUCCUGGUUAUAAUGCUCCUCAACAGGUGCAUAUAACACAAGGAGAUGUAGAAGGAAAGGCAGUGAUAGUGUCUUGGGUGACACAAGAAGCAUUAGGAUCUAACACAGUUAUUUACUGGAAAGAGAAUAGCUCCAAAAAGUACAAAGCUCAAGGCAAAUCCAACACUUACAAGUAUUACAAUUAUACUUCUGGUUACAUACAUCAUUGUCCCAUCAGAAACUUGGAGUAUGACACCAAGUACUAUUAUAUGGUUGGUGUAGGACAAACGGAGCGUAAGUUCUGGUUCUUCACUCCUCCUGAAGUUGGUCCUGAUGUUCCCUACACGUUUGGUCUUAUUGGGGAUCUUGGACAGACUUUUGACUCAAACAUAACCUUAACGCACUAUGAGAAUAAUCCAACAAAAGGGCAAGCGGUUAUGUUUGUCGGGGAUCUCUCAUAUGCUGAUCAAUAUCCGAAUCACGAUAAUAAUAGAUGGGAUAGUUGGGGAAGAUUUGUUGAAAGAAGCACAGCUUAUCAGCCCUGGAUUUGGACCGUAGGAAACCAUGAACUUGAUUUUGCCCCCGAGAUUAAAGAAACCAGACCGUUUAAACCAUUCAAGCAUAGGUACCGUACUCCUUACCGAUCAUCAGGCAGUACAGAACCAUUCUGGUACUCGAUUAAGCGAGGACCGGCUUACAUAAUCGUGCUAGCUUCAUAUUCAGCAUAUGGUAAAUACACGCCGCAAUACACAUGGCUCGAAGAGGAAUUCCCAAAGGUUAACAGAACGGAAACUCCAUGGUUGAUCGUUCUGAUGCAUUCACCAUGGUACAAUAGCUAUGAUUACCAUUACAUGGAAGGUGAAACCAUGAGAGUGAUGUACGAGCCGUGGUUUGUCAAAAACAAAGUUGAUGUUGUUUUUGCUGGUCACGUCCACGCCUAUGAAAGAUCAGAACGCAUAUCAAACAUAGCUUACAACAUAGUUAACGGAAUAUGCGCUCCUGUUAAAGACCAAUCUGCUCCCGUCUACAUUACCAUUGGUGAUGGAGGCAAUCUUGAGGGAUUGGCUACCAAAAUGACAGAGCCUCAGCCUGAGUACUCUGCCUUCAGAGAAGCGAGCUUUGGACACGCGAUAUUCUCGAUAAAGAACAGGACCCACGCGUACUAUGGAUGGCACAGGAACCAGGAUGGUUACGCCGUUAAGGGUGACACAAUGUGGUUCCAUAACAGAUUCUGGCAUCCUAUUGAUGAGUCUCCUUCUUUUGAUUCUUGA